AAAGACCCAUUCACCCUUCCACACACUCCUCUCUGAUUCAUUCACCCUAUCCUUCUCUUGAAUUCUCCAACGAACCUUUCUCUGAACAAGAUGACCGAUUCUUUCGCUCACUACGCGUCACGCAUUAAUUACCGCCACAAAACCAAAACCAUGUCUAUCUUCUCCACUCCGUGUUGUUCUCCUUCAACCGCAUUUUUCUCGCCAUUUAGGGCUUCAAAUUCUAAACCUCUUCGUUCUUCCACUCUCUGUCUUCGAUCUUCGACUUCUUCUAUAACUUCCACUUCUAACUGUUCUCUCGCUUUCAACAUUGUUAAACCUAAAGAGAAAAACGUUGUUUUCGCUAAUAUGACUUCUUCCGUUUCGUCUCGCACUUUUCUCAAUGCUCAAAAUGAACAAGAUGUUCUUUCUGGAAUUAAGAAAGAAGUAGAAGCGGGAACUUUGCCUGCUAGUGUUGCUGCAGGGAUGGAAGAAGUGUACCUUAACUAUAAAAGUGCAGUUAUUAAAAGUGGAGAUCCCAAAGCAAAUGAAAUUGUAUUGUCAAAUAUGACUGCCUUAUUAGAUCGCAUAUUUUUGGAUGUGAAGGAGCCUUUUGUCUUUGAAGCACACCACAAAGCAAAGAGAGAGCCUUUUGAUUACUACAUGUUUGGUCAAAAUUAUAUUCGCCCCUUAGUUGAUUUCGAAACUUCUUAUGUCGGUAACAUGCCCCUUUUCAUUCAAAUGGAAGAGCAACUUAAGCAGGGGCACAAUAUUAUCUUGAUGUCAAACCACCAAAGUGAAGCAGAUCCAGCUAUUAUUGCAUUGCUGCUUGAAAUGCGACUUCCACAGAUUGCUGAGAACUUGAUAUAUGUAGCAGGAGAUAGAGUUAUAACUGAUCCUCUAUGCAAGCCCUUCAGUAUUGGCAGGAAUCUGAUCUGUGUUUAUUCGAAAAAGCACAUGCUUGAUAAUCCAGAACUUAUAGAUAUGAAAAGAAAAGCAAAUACAAGAAGUCUGAAGGAAAUGGCUACGCUUUUAAGGAGUGGAUCACAAAUAAUUUGGAUUGCCCCAAGUGGUGGUAGGGAUCGACCAGUUGCCAACUCUGGGGAAUGGGCACCGGCACCCUUUGAUUCUUCUUCAGUGGAUAAUAUGCGAAGGCUUGUCGAUCAUUCAGGUCCACCAGGUCACAUCUAUCCUUUGGCAAUAUUGUGCCAUGAUAUAAUGCCCCCUCCACUAAAGGUCGAAAAAGAAAUUGGGGAGAAAAGAAUUAUAUCCUAUCAUGGGACUGGCAUAUCAACUGCUCCAGAAAUAAGCUUUUCCAGCAUCACUGCUGCUUGUGAAAAUCCUGAAACGGCUAAGGACGCUUAUUCAAAAGCAUUGUAUGAUUCUGUGACCGAGCAAUAUGAAGUGCUGAAGUCUGCUAUACACGGUAAAAAAGGAUUACAAGCAUCAACUCCUGUAGUUUCAUUGUCGCAGCCAUGGAAGUAGUUCAGAUCAGAACCUUUUUUGUUACAAUUUUCUCUGAUUAUCAGAUGCUAGUUACAAGAAGUCAGUCAGACAAUCCAACUGAUUAGCUUUCAGAGAUGACUGUCUAUUACUACAUCCAAUGCUUAGCUUGAUGGAAGUUCCUGCCAAAGAUAUUUUCUUUUUCAUUUUUCUGUUUGCGCUUGCAAUUAUCAGGAAUCUGUUUCUGAAGGUUCAAAAUCAGCUGCUUACUGUACAGGUCUCUUUAGUUCUCCUUGUCACAUCCAGUCCAUUGACUGAUAAGAGACCAAUAUAAAUUUUUACCUUUUUUUUUUGCAUCAGGAUUUCUUCUGGCUAGCUAAAUAGAUAGUAGCUAAUUUUCUCUAUGUAAUUUUUAGUCAAAUUUGUUCCAUUAUAGAUGUAUAAUUGUUAAUAUUAGAACCUUUUUCAUAUUCAAAUUUAUUCAAACACGCCAAAGUAUAAGCAAGGUCAAUAUGCAGUUGAAAGAUUAUUUGCGCUGUCAGAAUAAAUAAAAGUGUUACAUUUACUUU